CUUGGCAGCCUUGGGCCGCGUUGCCGGAUGCAGUGAAAGACCAGUACAUGGGUGCUCGGGAGACUGCCCGGUUCUGGGUUUUGCUGGAGGGUCCGGUCUGCCGGGCUUGGUAUUUGGGUGAGCACUUCUUGUGGCAGACCCUUGGUUUACCUGAGCAGAUAGUUCCGAGGCCACCUCCCACCCAUAUGAGGCAUACAGAGAGGUACACCCUGCAGAAGAUGACCGAUUUCACGAUCGGUUGGGACGUUGACUUUUUUUGAGAUGAGGGCGACUACACCGUUUUCAUCGAGACUCAUCUUAUGCGACCACUGGCUAGUGCUCGUCGAGUCGAGAGGGAAAGUCCUGUAGCCCCUGUGGGAGGAGUGGGAGCACCGAGGGCGACUCAGGCCCGCUACAGGAGCGGGUCCCGGAGGGGACGAGGAGCGGAGUGGCCAAAGCUGCCCACCACCAUGACAUGUCGAGGACAGGGUGGGGAGAUUUAUCAGAUACCCAUCACUCAUUCUCUGGCUGAUCAUGAGCUCGUUGGAGUUCGCAGCUCGACCCCGGCUUCUAUUGAGUAUACUGGACACGUUCUGGAGUUGACGGCCUCAGUGAUGGGGAUGCUGCAGAGGAGCAUGAACCUGUUGAGUAUCUAUAGUAUCCCGAUGAGUUCUUUUAACCUCAAUUCCAAAACUUUGCAUAAUCUGUUCCAUACUGAUCUGAUGCAUUACAUUAUCAAUACGACACUUGAUACACUGCACUCACAUACCACUCACGGCACUGAUACACUGCACUUACGUACCAUUCACGGCACUGAUACACUACACUCACAUACUGUAUUCGAUACGAUACUCGAUUUCGCCUAGCGUAACUAAUGCAUUUGCCUGUUGUUCUUUCCAGUCCCCAUUCCAGAUACCGGCCGUAAGGGGUGCUUCAGUAGGACCUUCAGUACUUGCCUGAGGAGCGGGGAGAGCAGGACGAGGGAUCUCAGUACGCAGCCGCAGUAGAGCCGGGCAUACUCACUCUGGGAGUAGCUCAUGGGUGCCUGUCCCAGAUGAUGACGAGUCUGAAGCAGAGGCAGAGUCGUCUCAAGAUGAGGCUAGGGAUGGUUUCGGUUCAGGCUCAGACAGCGGAGCUAACGGUGGCGAUCCUGGACCUUCGUCCAGGAAGAGGACGAGGACGGACUCCCGCACUUAAGGCGACUGACGCCGAUCCAGAUGUUGCUCUUCUAUCUUUUUUUGCUUUAUUUUUCUUUUUACUAGUAGUUUUUGCACUUUGUACUGCGUCAGGCAGAUUUUAUGUUCUUCAAAACUAUGUACUUUUGCAAAAGAAAACAUGAUGGAAUGA